GAUUAAAUUGGUGCUCUAGCGGGUGGGGCAGACCCUGGGCUAGCAGGCCUCAGGGAGAACUCCAAUGGUGUCUGUGUCAGUACGCCCUUACCAGGCCACAACAAUGGCCGCCGCCAAUGUCCCAGUACCUGGAGAGGUCUCACCUCUCACCGAGAUGCACUCAGGACCUAUCAGCCUUACCAAUAAUUCUCGGAUUGUGGGACUCCUGGCUCAGCUGGAGAAGAUCAAUACUGAAUCUGCAGAAUCAGACACUGCCAGAUAUGUUACAUCAAAAAUUCUUCAUCUGGCUCAAAGUCAAGAAGAAAGUUUUUUCUACUUUUCAGAAAAAACAAGGAGAGAAAUGACAGCCAAAGGUUCUACAGGAAUGGAAGUUCUCCUGUCAACAUUAGAGAACACGAAAGAUCUUCAAACUACCCUUAAUAUCUUAAGCAUUCUUGUUGAGCUGGUGUCAGCUGGUGGAGGUCGAAGAGCGAGUUUCUUAGUCACCAAAGGUGGUUCACAAAUAUUGUUACAGUUACUUAUGAAUGCCAGCAAAGAGUCUCCCCCAAAUGAGGAGUUAAUGGUGCAGAUUCAUUCUAUUCUCGCAAAGAUUGGGCCAAAAGACAAAAAAUUUGGAGUGAAAGCUAGAAUUAAUGGAGCUCUGAAUAUAACCCUGAAUUUGGUCAAACAGAAUUUGCAGAAUCAUCGCUUGGUUUUGCCUUGUCUUCAGCUUUUGCGAGUAUAUUCUGCCAACUCUGUGAAUUCAGUAUCCUUAGGGAAAAAUGGAGUUGUGGAACUGAUGUUUAAAAUCAUUGGACCAUUUAGUAAGAAGAAUUCAGGUCUUAUGAAGGUUGCUUUAGACACUCUUGCUGCAUUGCUAAAAUCAAAAACAAAUGCCAGGAGAGCUGUAGACAGAGGAUAUGUCCAAGUCCUUUUAACAAUUUAUGUAGAUUGGCACCGCCAUGAUAAUCGGCAUAGAAACAUGCUCAUUCGGAAAGGAAUUUUACAGAGUUUAAAAAGUGUUACAAACAUCAAGUUGGGAAGAAAAGCAUUUAUUGAUGCCAAUGGGAUGAAAAUUCUCUAUAACACUUCACAAGAAUGUUUGGCAGUCAGGACCCUUGAUCCUCUUGUUAACACCUCCAGUCUGAUAAUGAGGAAGUGUUUCCCUAAAAAUCGCCUGCCACUCCCAACGAUUAAAAGUUCUUUCCAUUUCCAGUUGCCAGUUAUUCCUGUGACUGGACCUGUGGCCCAGCUCUACAGUUUACCCCCUGAAGUGGAUGACGUAGUAGAUGAGAGUGAUGACAAUGAUGAUAUUGAUUUAGAAGCCGAAAAUGAAACGGAAAAUGAAGAUGACCUAGAUCAAAAUUUUAAGAAUGAUGAUAUUGAAACGGAUAUUAACAAACUAAAACCCCAGGAAGAACCAGGACGAACGAUAGAAGAACUUAAAAUGUAUGAACACCUUUUCCCUGAGCUUGUUGAUGAUUUUCAGGACUGUGAUUUAAUCUCCAAAGAACCAAAGCCUUUUGCAUUUGAGAGAAAAGUACGUGGUCCUAUUGUUGUUCCUACGGCAGGAGAGGAAGCAUCUGGGAAUUCAGGCAAUAUAAGGAAAGGAGUUGUAAUGAAGGCGAAUGUGUCUCCUAAAGGAGAUGAAGGUGAUAAGAAACCUACCUUUAUGGAUCUGGCAAAAGAAGAUGGUAAAGAUAAUGAUAGAACAUUACAGCAGCAGCUAGGUGUUGAAAAUAGAACUGUUUCAUCAGUCCAUGGCUUAAACAAUGACAUUGUGAAGGCCUUGGACCGAAUUACAUUGCAGAAUAUUCCUUCUCAAACAGCCCCAGGUUUUACGGCAGGAAUGAAGAAGGACUACAGUCUCCCUCUUACCGUCCUUACGUGCACUAAAGCCUGUCCACACAUGGCCUCUUGUGGGAAUGUUCUCUUUGAGGGAAGAACAGUUCAGCUAGGGAAGCUUUGCUGUACUGGAGUCGAAACUGAGGAUGAUGAAGAUACUGAGUCUACUUCAUCAGUGGAACAAGCAUUGGUUGAAAUCUCUGAUGGACCAACACUCCACGACUCAGAUCUCUAUAUUGAGAUUGUGAAAAAUACAAAGUCUGUCCCAGAAUAUUCAGAAGUGGCUUAUCCUGAUUAUUUUGGUCACAUUCCGCCUCCAUUCAAAGAGCCUAUUUUAGAAAGGCCUUAUGGUGUACAAAGGACAAAAAUUGCCCAAGAUAUUGAGAGGCUGAUACAUCAGAGUGAUAUCAUAGAUCGAGUGGUGUAUGACUUAGAUAACCCAAGUUAUGCUAUUCCAGAAGAAGGAGAUAUUUUGAAGUUUAACUCCAAAUUUGAAUCUGGGAAUCUGCGGAAAGUAAUUCAAAUUAGAAAAAAUGAAUAUGAUCUUAUUCUGAAUUCAGAUAUAAAUAGCAAUCAUUAUCAUCAGUGGUUUUACUUUGAAGUCAGUGGAAUGCGACCAGGGGUUGCUUAUAGAUUUAACAUCAUUAACUGUGAAAAGUCCAACAGUCAGUUUAAUUAUGGUAUGCAACCACUCAUGUACUCUGUUCAGGAAGCAUUAAAUGCCAGACCCUGGUGGAUGCGUGUGGGGACUGACAUUUGUUACUAUAAAAAUCACUUCUCAAGAAGUUCAGUUGCUGCAGGUGGGCAAAAGGGAAAAUCCUACUAUACAAUUACAUUCACUGUCAGUUUUCCACAUAAAGAUGAUGUUUGCUACUUUGCUUAUCACUACCCAUAUACAUAUUCAACUUUACAGAUGCAUCUUCAAAAGUUGGAAUCAGCACACAAUCCUCAGCAAAUCUAUUUUCGAAAAGAUGUGUUAUGUGAAACCCUGUCUGGAAACAGCUGUCCCUUGGUGACUAUAACAGCAAUGCCAGAGUCUAAUUAUUAUGAACAUAUCUGUCAAUUCAGAAAUCGCCCUUACGUUUUCUUAUCUGCUCGGGUACAUCCUGGAGAAACUAAUGCAAGUUGGGUAAUGAAAGGAACAUUGGAGUAUCUCAUGAGUAAUAACCCUACUGCUCAGAGCUUGCGAGAAUCCUAUAUUUUUAAAAUUGUCCCUAUGCUAAAUCCAGAUGGUGUCAUCAAUGGAAAUCACCGCUGUUCAUUAAGUGGAGAAGAUUUAAAUAGACAGUGGCAAAGUCCAAAUCCAGAUUUACAUCCUACAAUUUACCACGCUAAGGGGCUACUACAGUACCUGGCUGCAGUGAAGCGUUUACCACUGGUUUAUUGUGAUUAUCAUGGCCACUCCCGAAAGAAGAAUGUAUUUAUGUACGGCUGCAGCAUCAAAGAGACAGUGUGGCAUACCACUGAUAACGCAGCUUCAUGUGAUGUUGUAGAAGAUGUGGGAUACAGGACUUUGCCCAAGAUACUGAGUCAUAUUGCCCCAGCGUUUUGCAUGAGCAGCUGUAGCUUCGUAGUGGAAAAAUCUAAAGAAUCCACAGCACGUGUUGUAGUUUGGAGGGAGAUAGGAGUACAAAGAAGCUAUACCAUGGAGAGUACUUUGUGUGGCUGUGAUCAGGGAAAAUAUAAGGGUUUACAGAUUGGCACUCGAGAAUUGGAAGAGAUGGGAGCAAAAUUUUGUGUUGGUCUAUUGCGUUUGAAAAGACUGACAUCCCCAUUGGAAUAUAAUCUGCCUUCCAGCUUGCUUGACUUUGAAAAUGACUUGAUUGAAUCGAGCUGCAAAGUAACUAGGAAACUUGGCAGCUCUGAACUCCAAUUUUUGCCUCCAAUCCUUUGAAAUUGCUGAAAACUCUGAUGACUUCUCUGCCUCUUAGCAGCUGCCCUUGCCUGGCCUUGGUUUCCUCUGGACUUUGCCCCAUGCACUUUUUCUCUUGGUUGAUUUUGCUUUGUAUCCUUUCACUGUAAUAAGUCAUAGCUGUGAAUGCAACUGUGUGCUGAAUCCUGUUAAGUCUUUUAGCAAAUCACUAAACCUGGGGUGGUCUUGGGACCCCCCGUAGACAUGCAUGCCCAUUCUGAAUUUUUGUGAGGUGUGAUUAUUAUCUCAGAGAUUCGAAUGUUCUCCUGAGAAUGAUCAGAUACAGGUGGUAUUGUAACCCCUUUACACAUGGGCAUAAACCGAGGCUCAGAGAGGAGUCUACCCAAGGUCCCAACAGAACCAGCAGUUGAGUCUGGGUCUAACUCCAGAAUUCCCCUGUACUUUCAUUUAUCUUCCAAGUGACUAAGUAAAAUUACUAAAAAGGAAUGGUUUUAGUUUUUGAAGCUCUUCUGCAUUAUUUGGGAAUUUAACCUUCUCAUUAUGUAUAAGGCAUGUUUUUAGAUCAAUAGCAAAGUAAAUUGGAGUUUCAUAACUUAGUUCAUUACUGUUUCCCAAAGGCUGCUUAGUUAUACUUCUUUUUCCAACGAAGUAUCAGUAAAUUAGCAGCUUUCUUUCCUUUUUUCCAAAUAGAUAUUCUCUUGUUAGAUAUUCUGUGCGUGUGCGUGUGCACAUGUACAAGUAUUUGUGUGUAUGCUGAGGUCACUUAAGACUGACAAACAUUGUCACUUGUAUUUUGUAUGAAUGAUUUUGUUUACUUUGUGAUAUUUAGUAGGUGCUAUAUCUCUUAUGGGAAUCAAAUUAUAUAAAUAAAAUAUUCUCUAAUAUUUAUGUAGUUAGGGAUUUUUUUUCACCUUAGACCUGACUUUUCACCACAAGAAAGACACAAUCAGCAAGUCACACACUGCUGAUAAUUUGAGCAAUGGAGUAUUUUUUUGUUUGUGCAUCAGUUUCAGAAAUUCUCCCCCAGAAUAUCUUUAUUGUGCUGUCUUAAAACAGGUAGGUUAGUCUCAGCAUUGUAGGAGAGUUCAAGGUUGAGGGAGCAUUCUGAGUCACAAGGGUCAGGCAGUGUUUUGGUCCUGUUGGCCCAUUGCCUGGGCUCUUUGCAAAUUGAGAAAGACUGAUUUACUUUUUUCUUUAACAAGGUAGAUUUUAUUAAUGUUAUAGUAGCAUUUUAUAUUUGUACAGCUUAGGAGUUUACAAAUGUGUUCACAUUUACUACCUGAUUUGAGCCAGACAGCUUUGGGAGGUCAUGCGGCUGAUAUUGUUGUCCCUGCUUCACACGUGGGAAAACCUGGGGCCUGGAGAGAGUGAGGGACUUGCUCAAGGUCAUGCAGCUGGUUAGUAGACGAGUAGAGGCACAAGCCCAGAAUUUCUGACUCCGUACGGUAUUUUGUUUCUUGUGUGCUUGUGUGGGUAACAGAGCUGAUGAUCUACGUUCUGGCAUCUUGGAUGUCAAAUCAGCUCUCAUGGAGGUGGAUGGGUGCACCUUUGAGGGAGACGGGGAAUUUUUAGGUUUAGUUUUGUGUAGUGCUUAAUAGUGUAACAUAAGGGUAGCCAGAAAACUUUCUGGAACUGAAUGAAGCAGAAUUUUUUGUUUUCUUUAGAAAUCAGUUGGAAUUAUAAACCUGUUCUGCAUUGUAAUGACACCAUACAGCAGAGAAUUUCAAUGCAUUUAUCCUGUGAGAAGGCCCUUUGGGUGAAGGUUUUGAUAUUUUUCUUGAAGCAGCAUAAAGAGCAUUUUGCGGGGGGGAGGGUGGAGACUCAAAUGCUGUUCUCUUUUAGAGUGAAAUAUUUCUUACUGAAUUGUUUUGGCUUAGUCAUCUUUAUCUGUGAAGUUAAAAUCCAGGAUAGAAGGGUGUUAAAACAAGUGUAUAUAGGACAGCUGCUCGACAAUGAAGGAAAAACGGCAGGAAUGAACUUGAUGAAGAAAACCAUGGGAUGAGGGAGCAUUGGUGGGAAAGUAAAGUAAGAGCAAUGGGAAAGCGUUAAAUGCUGGUUAGACUUUCUUUUUUUAUGGUUGAAAUAAUGCAGAGGGAAUGCUGAUGCAGAGGGAUUAAUUUUUUU